CCUGCCUUUGAAAUCAGCACAGGAGGACACAGACUGGAGUUUUGACAGAUGCCCGCCGCAGCAGAGGAAUCAGCCCUAACGAAGGCGGGGUUAAAGAAAAAACAAGGAAUUUCCUGGUGAGCUACGACAACACAGGAAGAUGAAUGUGGGCGUAGCUCACAGCGAGGUGAACCCCAACACGAGGGUGAUGAACAGCAGAGGAAUAUGGCUCACCUACCUGCUGCUGACCGUCGUGUUGCACAUCGUCCUGCUCAGCAUUCCUUUCUUCACUGUGCCGCUCGUCUGGACCCUUACAAAUGUCAUCCAUAACCUGGUGAUGUACCUGUUUCUACACACAGUGAAGGGCACUCCCUUUGAGACACCAGACCAAGGCAAAGCUCGUCUGCUCACACACUGGGAACAGAUGGACUACGGUGUCCAGUUCACAUCUUCGCGCAAAUUCCUCACUAUCUCACCAAUUGUUCUGUAUAUUCUUGCCAGUUUCUACACAAAAUACGAUCCCACACAUUUCCUAAUCAACACGAGCUCUCUCCUUAGUGUCCUCCUCCCAAAGUUGCCUCAGUUUCAUGGAGUACGGAUAUUUGGGAUCAACAAAUACUGACAGAACUGACUGAACACUGGAUUUUAACCACCAAUGCUGGACUUCUAUUUUUUUUUGUUUCUGCUGAACGAUUUUAUGUUUAGAGGUUGAGGAGAAGAGAACCAGUUGGAUUUGUCUUAACUGCACAGACUGUGUGGAGUAGCUGCAGUUCAUGCUGCCUCUUGCAGCCUAAAAAAAAAGUAAAUGCACUGCUGCUGUUUCAUGAAAGUUAUUUUUUUCUUUACUGACAUUCCUGAUGUAUGUUUUUCAAAAGCCAGACACUUUGCUCUCGGCAUCAAGAAAGAGCAAAUUUGAACUGCACUUCUUUCAAAUGUAAUGUUUAUUCAUUAUUUUUAAAAUGUCAUCACACUGUGUCUCAGAUGUAGCUUUUCUGUUACACUGCACUGGCUGGCCGUCUGUAAAACUGUCUGGUUGUUGCCAUAAAUGUGAAUUAAUUCAUUGCAAAUUCAUUGUUUUUCAUGUUCUGACGACACUUGCACAAGUUUCCAUUUUCUUUCAAGCUUUUUCAAUUGAUUUACUAUGAAGGAUUGACAUGCAGCAUACAUGUACACACCUACAAUAAACACUGCAGUCUUUGUUUAGCUAUGAUAACACAUAAUCAUGUAAUUUACUGUUUGAUUUAAAAGCUGGAUGUCUUUACCCGCUCAUAAAAUGAGCAGUGAGAGCUACAUGGUGUGCACACAUGGUUGUGGUUUUAUUCCACAUGGGCAAGCAGAAAAACUACAUGUGUGGAGGUUUGUAAGAAUCAAUUGAUCAAAUGUGGGCCAGUUUGUUGUGUUGCUGUGGGGAACUCCAGACACUUUACAUGAAGCCACCAUGGUGGGGGCUGUCACAGUGUUUGCAAUAUGCUCAUAUAUCCAAGGGAUUCCCCCCUUCCGCAUGCAGUGUGGUCACGUUUGCAUUGCAGUGAGGUUUCUUGUGUUUUGGGGAAGUAAUUUUUAGGAAAAGGAGCAGCAUGUGAAUGUGAUUACACUGUUGAUUAUGCUGACCUGAGCCUGGGAAACAUGCAAAUAAUACUAGCUGUAUCAGCAUUUACAUACAUGUUGUGUAAUUGAGUGUAAUCAUUUGCAACAGUGUUUCUGGGGUGUUCCCUGCCUUCAAAUGCUGAGAUGAUGACAGUUACAUUAAUGUAAAGAAGCCAGUGGUGGGAUGCAGAGGGCAGUUGGGCUAAAUGUCAUCAGAUAUGGCUCACUGAAACUUUAGAGUGGGAGAGAAGGGAUGAAUACAAAGUUUUUUUUCUCCAACAUAUACUGAAAGCUAGCUGAUUUAAGAUAACGCUAUCUCGCCUGAACAGCAAAUUUGGUCAUCAGCUGCAGUUUUUUCCCAGUUCUGCUUCCACUUUUAAUUUAAUGUGAACUCAGUAAACCUUGGUGAGAGGUGCUAGAUACAUGCUGUAUAUUUAAAACUGAGGGCAUCCAGUGCACUGGACUCAGGAGAAGAGUGUGACACAUGCAGCUCAAGUGUAUGCAAGUCAUCACUUUGUUUUAACUUUUGAUUUAAAUGGAAAGAUAAACCAAAGGAGAUGUCAGAAGUAAAGUGAAGAUAUGAGAAAGGUCAGAAAUUUACUUUCCCACAGAUGGUAGAACUUCCCUAAACUUCUUAGAAAAUAAAGUCAUAUUUUCACAGAUUUAAAGACAUAACAAGAGGCCCAAAUGACAGGAAAACCAAGAAAACUUACUUUGGGGACUGGGGGGGGUUUAAAAGUAAACUGCUGUUUCAUUUGGGAUUCUCGAAAAACAAAGAUGCAUUCAUAACGCUGA